CAUUGUUGGAAAUCAAAAUAAUUGUUUUGCAUUAGUGUUUUAUAAAAUCGAUAAGGCGUAAAAUAUUCUCUACUUUAAUUGGUGGGCAAAGGCGCAAUUUUAAAAAGUCGUAUGGCAAUGGAGCCCACAAUUAAAUAUGAAAAUUGUGAAGAUGUAUUUAUAGGGCCGACGGGUAUUAUGCCUACUGGUCCUGCACAGAAACGCCAUUUUAACAAUUUGGAGGAAGUGAGCCAAUGCGAUGGCGCUGGUAGCGUCUAUUAUCAAGAUAAUAGAAACGAACUCUUAAAAUUGCAAAAUCCUGGGUUUGUAGCACCAUCGAGUCAACCAUUCUACCCGCACCUGCAGAGCGCUCCUGUGGGCCAACAAGAAGCUAAACCGGCUAAACGUUGUCGGCGUGGAGAAAGUGCGGUACUAUUUUCGCCGCCUUUCUUCGAGGUGCCAGAAAGCAAUAACGGCAAUAGUGACAUAUUUACUGCGCGCUGUGUUUCCUGUCAGGUGAUGCUGCGUGGUCACAAAAAUGUAUCGUCAAACUUUAUCAAACACAUGAAACGUUCGCAUCCAGAAGUGCACAAAAUGUAUGAAAACUAUAAAUUGCUAAAGCAGCAUGGAUUUGGACAUGGAAUGAGUGGCAUGAAUAUGAACUUGCCGCCAAACAAGCCGUCCACGGGAACAAGUGAACAAAACCUUUUCGAUGCAACUGGAUUCCUGGAAACCAUUCCAUCAAACACCAAUGCCACAGGAACUGAUGCAACUGAAAAUGAACAAAAUUCCGAAACCACAGAAAAUUCACUACCAAAUUCUACCGCCGAUUUAAACGACACCACCGAAAACUCUGUUGAUUUCCAGAUCAAUAAAAAUGAACUGAUAGAUGCUUCUCGAUCAGAAGUUAAUUUAUCAAACAAAACCCUACAAGCGAUGAGUAAAAUGUUUGAUGAGAAACUCAAGUCAUUUGCAACCAAAUCGGAAUUGAACGAAGUGACUAAAAAUAUUAUAAGCCAGGUGCACUCUCGGCAAAGCACACCUUGCUCUACUAUACAUACCGAAGAUGAUGAUGAUGAUAACGAUAAUGAUAAGAGGGAAGUCGAGCAAGACAAAUUUAAAAAUUUACAAAGCGAACUUGAAACUAUGCGGGAGCGUUUGGCAAGCUCUGAACACAGCAAGCAAAUUUUACAACGUGAACUGCAUUCACUUGAAAAAGUAGUACGCAGGCGUAAGCUGAUUAUAAACAAUAUACCAGUUGCACCUGAUCAGCAGCCUCAAAAUGCUGUAGAACAGUUAUUUAGGGAACGUUUCGACAUGCCAAAUGUGCAGUUAGAAAGCGUGAGUGUAAUAGGAAAUAGGAACCGAUUGCACCACGAUCGGCAGAUUCUGCUCGUAGCUAUUGUGCAUGAAACUGAUGUGAAUGCAAUAUUUAGAAAGAGCGCUUGUUUGAGAAACACCGGCAUUUAUAUCGAGUCGCAGAUGUCGCAAAUUUCGUUGAAACGCAAGGAAAAGCUCUUGGUUUUGCGUCGAGAAAUGUUGCGGCGGAAUCGUUCAUUGCGGGUUAUGGUACGUAAUGCACAACUAAUAGUGUGUAAUACAUAUUUCUAUUGGGAUGAUUUGCUUGGUUUGUGUGUGGGCAAUUUGGAUGUUCCCGACAUGCAAUUGAUAAGUGGCGAUGAAGCGGCUGAAGAAUUGAAGAAAUUAACAAAACUUGAUAUGAAAGAAUUUCUGAGUGUUUUGAAAAAUUAUGAUAUAAGAUAAGUUGAUUCCUUAUCAUUCGCUAAUACUUUACUCUAAUUUUUUCUAUAUAUUCAUGUUUUUAAUCAAAAUAUUAUCAUCUACUUGCAAUAAACCAAUCCCACUGAA